AUGGGCCCCCAAAAGAAUAUCACCAAUUCGGAAAUCAAAACGUCUAGCAAUGAAGAAGUGGAAGAAGAGCAUGGAGAAAAAAAGAAGAAGAAGAAAAAGGGUAUAAAAGAGACUGUCAAGGAAAAAAAAUCAGGUGAUCACAAAGGAGAAAAUGACGAGUAUGAAGAGAAAAAUGCUGAAAGGGAAACUGAAGAGCACAAGAAAGGUUUCUUAGAGAAAAUGAAAGAGAAACUCCACAAAAAGGACUCUGAAGAGCAAAAUGAAACUUCAUCAACAUACGAAAAUCUUAAACCAAGUGAUGAGGUGAAGGAGAAAAAGGAAUUUGAGAACUGA